GCGCCAGCCAUUGCGUCCAGCUGGCCGAAACGGGAAAGACUUCGAUGCAGAGUCCACGUUAACCGCUUUGCUCUGAGGAGGGGACUAAGGUUAGGUAGUCAUGGCUGUUCUCUUGGCUCGACUGGAGAUGACGUGCCUCGUUGUUCUCAGAAAUUUGUCUCCGAGUAUAGGGAUAUGAUCAUGUACCUAUCUAUCCUGGGUAUCCUCGCUCUCUUCCCUGACUCACUUCUCACAUUGACCGGAGAUUCCGGUUCAGUUUUGAGUGCCCGCUGAGCUCUCUGGCAUCUCGCACUCAGCGGGUUCAUAGUUACUGCGCUGGUGUGGCUGUCGUUCAUGGUUGCGGAAUAGCCUCCACAGUCCUGACGACGCCGCCUCGUGCUUGCUCCAUUGCCCACCAUAGCAGCGUGCUCCGCCGACGGUCAGUCAUCCUACGUGGCCGUGACCACUUCUCCUGCGCCCCGGAGCUCUCCAUUUGCCUCCCGCGCAUUCAGUCGCUGCCUGCCAGGCAGCUCACCACCAAGUAUGCGUGGGCUUCUAGCGGCUGGGCUUCUGCUCUUGGAGCUGCCAGUGCUGGCGGCUGGGCUUCCACACCGGCUUCCAGCAACAGCAAGAGGCGAUGUGGCCUCUGAGUCUCCCGCCGGCCAGAACACACUCGGCCCAGCCGGAGACGCACAGAGCAGGAUAUCUCGCCCGCUCUUCACAUUGCCGGAUGAGUCCCAGGCUGAGCCAACCACCAGGGCAUCCACCCUCGGGCGCGAGCUGGCCGACCUGCAGGCCCUCCGAGCCCAGCUCGACGAUCUCCAGCAUGAGAUCACCUUCCGCGAGCGCUGGCUGGCGGCAGCAGCAGGCCUGAACAUGACCGCCAGUGCUAGCCUGGCAGACUGCGUCAGUGUGCGCUGUCUCCUUUCUGUCGUCCUCCGCAAAAUCAGAUAUACAUUCUCAUCAGCAGCGCCGUCGCCGUCAUCGCCACCCUCACUCUCAUCAUCGUUCCCACCUUCAUCGUCCCCAUCCUUAUUACCAUCAUCGUCCCCAUCCUUAUUACCAUCAUCGUCCCCAUCACCGUCCUCGCCCAACACCAAGACCACCGCGAGUCCCUCCCUCGACCACGUCAUCCCCCUCCCGCCGUGGCGUAGCAAUAACAUCCCUAGCCUCAACAACGACAACAACGACAGCACAGCACCGAUCCGCAACAACACCAGUAACCAGCCAGCCACGGACGGAGGACACACCGAAGAAGGCGACGACGACGAGCCCAUCCGCGGGGCGACCCUCGUCCCCGUCACGCCGGUCACGUUCUCGUUCCUGCUGCUCCUGGUAGCACUGGUCUGCCGCAUCGUCGCCGGGGGCGACGUCGAUGUGGACAGUGGUAUGGGGGCUGGUGCUGGUGCUGGUGCUGGUGCUGAUGAUGAUGAGGCGGGGCUGCCUUGGCCCGUGACCGCGCCUGCGCCUGCGGCUAGGACUGCGGCUGGGGCAGCGCUCGCGGCUGCGACUGGAUCGCGCGAGAGACGGGACGAGCAGCGGCGUCGGUGGAGGGGGCUGUGGGAGCGGAUGGUGCCGGCUGGGCGGAGGUUCUGUGCGAGUUUGCGGGAGCGGGAAGGGGGGCCGAUCAGGUUAGGGGAUGAGGAGAAGGUUGGCGGUGGGAGUGGGGAAGACUGGGACGAGAAGAGGGAGAAGGGGGCCGUGGGUGAGAAGGAGGCUGCCGUGUGUGCGGAUGGCGGCUGGGAUGAAAGUAAGGACCGGGACGGCAGUGGCGAGGAGGAGGACGACGGAGAGGAGGAUGGGCUGUCGCUGGGCGACGAGCUGGCGUCGUUUAGGGCAGCGCUGGACCUGGUGGAAAGCAUUGUUGUCGCGGAGGAAAGGAGGGCUAGGGAUUGUGAUACCUGAAUCCCUUGGAGGACUUACUACGUAAUGUAAUGCUCGCCGUCUCGCUGCUCGUUGGAGUGGUGUGAGUGGCACCCUUGGCAAAGGGUGGAGUACAAAUGCCGCUCC